UAUGGGUAAAGACCGCCGUAGUGUUGAUGUCAGAGCAACGAACUCGAGCUGCCUGCUGGAAUACCGAGGAACAGAUCCGCGAAACUUGCGGACGAGUCGACCGGGUGUCGCUGAGGCGAGAUGCGGGGACUCUCUUGGAAGGCGCUUGCGAGGAACUCAAAAUAAUUCUCUCUUGAAGAAAAUGAUAUUCAAAGUCAAAUAAGACGCGCUGGUUUCGUUUCACGUCGCAGUUUGUGGUCUGGGCGAUUCAAUAGAUGCUCGGUUUCGAAAAACUGCGGGGUUGUUUAUGAACUGGGACUCCGAUUUGAAGUCGAGCUCAGCCAGUCCAGAGCGCCCGGGAGAGGGGCGACAAGAGGGGAGGGGUGAGAGAAGAAGAGAAGGGGGAGAGAGGAGGGGAGGAGAGGGGCGCACAGAAAACGCCCUGCUGCUGAAUCCUCUCAAAAUUAAAAACUUUAUAGCGCCAUUGACGGGACGAUACUUCUAUCUCAUGAAGGGAUGGGAAGUGUGAUCCCGCUUAGUUGCUUAAAAUAAUCACGUCAUACGUUGUUUUGGGGGAAGUUUGAACAAUCACCAGUGUUCCCAUUGGAUUAUUUUGUUCCGCUGUAUUCUGGAUAAGUCUGGGAUACUUUUUUGGAGGGCGGCGAGUCGGAGGCUGUCUAGGCCCGCGGCCACGGCUCGACAACGAGAGAGAAGAUAUUGUAUCUUUUUAAUGUGAACCAGAAAAGUUGUCCAGAUCGCACGUUUCAUUGCUCAGACUGGCGCCAGGAGAAGGCAAACAUGUCGCUGGGUGCGGAGAGAAGGAUGGAAAACCGGCUGAGAAAACUGGAAGCCAUGAUCAAAGACCCGCGGUCUGCGAUCAACUUGGAAAGUUUGCUGGAUUCCAUGAAUGCUCUGGUGUUAGAUCUGGAAUUCCCUGCCCUGCGCAAGAAUAAGAACAUUGAGACCUUCUUAAACAGAUAUGAGAAGGUUAUGAAUCAUAUUCGGGAGCUCCAGAUGAAGCCGGAGGAUUUUGACAGAGUGAAGGUGAUUGGUAGAGGAGCAUUCGGAGAAGUUCACCUGGUAAGGCAUAAGGCCUCUCAGAAAGUGUAUGCAAUGAAGGUGCUAAGCAAGUUUGAAAUGAUUAAACGCUCUGAUUCUGCCUUUUUCUGGGAAGAGCGUGAUAUCAUGGCCUUCGCAGACAGCCCAUGGGUCGUACAGCUGUGCUGUGCGUUCCAGGAUGACCGCUCUCUAUAUAUGGUAAUGGAAUACAUGCCGGGAGGAGAUCUCGUCAAUCUCACCAGCACGUACGACGUUCCAGAAAAGUGGGCAAAGUUUUAUACAGCUGAGGUUGUGUUGGCUCUGGACGCCAUUCACUCCAUGGGUUUCAUUCACCGAGACAUCAAACCGGACAACAUGCUGCUGGACCGCUAUGGACACCUCAAACUUGCAGACUUCGGGACCUGCAUGAAAAUGGACGAGACGGGAAUGGUUCACUGUGACACUGCAGUCGGGACCCCUGAUUAUAUCUCACCAGAGGUUCUCAAGUCUCAGGGAGGGGACGGUUACUAUGGACGUGAGUGUGACUGGUGGUCAGUUGGAGUAUUUAUCUACGAGAUGCUUGUCGGUGAUACGCCAUUCUAUGCUGAUUCUCUGGUGGGCACUUACAGUAAGAUUAUGGAUCAUAAGAACUCUCUGAACUUCCCUGAUGAUGUUGAGAUCUCACAAGAAGCAAAAAACAUCAUCUGUGCCUUCCUGACGGACAGAGGGGUUCGCCUGGGUCGUAGUGGCAUAGAAGAAAUUAAAAGACACCCUUUCUUCAAAAACGACCAGUGGACCUUCAGCACCAUUAGAGAGACUGCUGCUCCUGUGGUUCCCGAGCUAAGCAGUGACGUUGACACCAGUAAUUUCGAUGAGAUAGAAGAUGAUAAAGGAGAUGUGGAGACUUUUCCGACACCCAAAGCCUUCGUCGGCAAUCAGCUGCCUUUUGUGGGCUUCACCUACUUUAAAGAAGACCAGUUGUUGAAUGCUGUUAACAGUUUAGCAAUGAAAAAUGAUCACCCCGCAUCCAGCAAGAGAGAGGACUAUUUAGCCCUCCAGAAGAAACUUCACUGUCUGGAAGAGCAGCUCAAUAAUGAAAUGCAGGCCAAAGAUGAAAUAGAGCAAAAAUACAGAAGCAACUUCAACCGCCUGGACAAGAUAACCAAAGAGCUCGAUGAAGAGAUAAAUGGCAGAAAAGCCUUGGAAACAUCUCUUAGACAGCUGGAGAGAGAAAAAGCCCUGCUGCAGCACAAGAGCGUAGAGAGCCACCGCAGAGCCGAGAGCGAAGCCGACCGCAAACGCAGCCUCGAGAAUGAAGUGAACAGUCUGCGAGAUCAGCUGGAUGAAAUGAAGAAGAAAAACCAGAACUCGCACAUCUCCAACGAGAAAAAUAUCCACCUGCAGAAACAGCUGGAUGAGGCGAACGCUUUGCUGCGAGCAGAGUCUGACGCGGCCGCACGUCUGCGUAAAACUCAGACGGAGAGCUCCAAACAGCUGCAGCAGAUGGAGGCUCAUGUGAGGGAACUGCAGGAUAAAUACUGCAUGCUGGAAAACAGCAAGCUCACGUUAGAGAGAGAGAACAUCAGCCUACAGGCUGCACUGGACACAGAGAAACGAGAGCAGACACAGGGCUCUGAGACCAUCUCUGAUCUGCAGGCACGGAUCUCUGGUUUGGAGGAGGAAGUGAGACAGGUGAGACAGGCCCUGUCCAAAGUGGAGACCGAGAAGAGGCAACUUCAGGAGAAACUCACAGACCUGGAGAAGGAGAAGAGCAAUAAAGAAAUUGACAUGACCUAUAAGCUGAAGGUGUUGCAGCAGGGUUUGGAGCAGGAGGAGGCGGCACACAAGGCAACAAAAGCUCGACUUGCCGACAAGAACAAGAUCAGCGAAUCCAUCGAAGGAGCCAAAUCUGAGGCUGUGAAGGAGCUGGAACAGAAGCUACAGGAGGAACAUUCCUCUAAGCUGCAUGUGGAAAACAGAGUGUUAGAACUGGAGAAGAAGAGCUCCAUGCUGGACUGCGACUAUAAACAGUCACUGCAGAAACUCGACGAACUGCGACGACACAAGGAGAGACUCACUGAGGAGGUGAAGAAUCUGACUCUGAAGAUCGAGCAGGAGGUUCAGAAACGCAGUUUGACUCAGAAUGACCUGAAGGUGCAGAACCAGCAGCUCAGUGCUCUGCGGACAUCAGAGAAACAACUCAAACAAGAGAUCAACCAUCUGCUGGACAUCAAACGGAGCCUGGAGAAACAGAACAUGGAACUGCGCAAGGAGCGUCAGGACUCUGAUGGACAGAUGAAAGAACUGCAGGAUCAGUUGGAGGCAGAGCAGUAUUUCUCUACACUGUAUAAAACACAGGUGAGGGAGCUGAAGGAAGAGUGUGAAGAGAAGAAUAAACUCUAUAAAGACAUGCAGCAGAGUCUACAGGAGCUACAGGAAGAGAGGGAUUCUCUUGCGGCUCAGUUGGAGAUCACAGUAACGAAAGCUGACUCUGAGCAGCUGGCGCGCUCCAUUGCGGAGGAGCAGUAUUCCGACCUGGAGAAGGAGAAGAUUAUGAAGGAGCUGGAGAUCAAAGAGAUGAUGGCCAGACACAGGCAGGAGCUCGCUGAGAAAGAUACCACCAUCAUCUCAUUAGAGGAAGCUAAUCGCACAUUGACGAAUGACGUGGCAAACUUAGCCAAUGAGAAGGAAGAACUCAACAACAAGCUGAAGGAGACACAAGACUACCUGCAGAAUAUGAAGAAUGAAGAGCAGUCCAUAACGCAAGUGAAACUUGCCCUCGAGAAACAGCUGCAGUCAGAGAGAACCCUCAAAACACAGGCUGUAAACAAGCUGGCAGAGAUUAUGAACCGGAAGGAGGUCCGAGGUGGCGGCAGUCGUCGUGGAAAUGAUACAGACGUGAGGAGGAAGGAGAAAGAGAACAGGAAGUUGCAGCUGGAGCUUCGAUCAGAGAGGGAGAAACUCAACAGCACCAUCAUCAAAUACCAGAGAGAAAUUAAUGACAUGCAAGCGCAACUGGCAGAUGAGUCGCUGGUGCGUAUUGAGCUGCAGAUGGCUCUGGAUAGUAAAGACAGUGAUAUUGAGCAACUGCGCAGCCUGCUGAACUCACUCAACAUCCAGUCGCUCGACUCGGCCAGUAUGAGCAGCGGUCCAGACAUGGACACUGAUGAGUCACUACCAGAGACAAGGCUGGAGGGUUGGCUGUCUUUACCUGUGAGGAACAACACCAAACGCUUUGGAUGGGAAAGAAAGUAUGUUGUGGUAAGCAGCAAGAAGAUUCUCUUCUACAACAGCGAGCAGGACAAAGAGCAUUCCAAUCCUUACAUGGUGCUGGACAUAGAUAAACUUUUCCAUGUGCGUUCGGUAACCCAGACAGACGUUUAUCGUGCUGAUGCCAAAGAGAUCCCCAGAAUAUUCCAGAUCUUGUAUGCGAAUGAGGGCGAGAGCAAGAAAGAGCAAGAACCGGAGCCUCUCCCUGGUGACAAGUCCAGCUACAUGUGCCAUAAGGGUCAUGAGUUCAUCCCCACACUCUACCACUUCCCCACUAACUGUGAAGCCUGUACCAAACCCCUGUGGAACAUGUUCAAACCACCUCCCGCUCUGGAGUGCAGACGAUGCCACAUCAAGUGCCACAAAGACCACAUGGACAAGAAAGAAGAGAUCAUUGCUCCCUGCAGAGUGAACUAUGACAUAUCUACGGCUAAAAAUUUGCUGCUGUUAGCCAUGUCUCAGGAGGAACAGCAGAAGUGGGUUAGUCGACUCAUGAAGAAGAUCCCCAAAAAACCUCCAGCACCUGAAGCCCCUCACCGCUCCUCUCCCAGAGCUUCUGUUAAAAUACAAGCCAGUCAAUCCAUGAGGAGACCCAGCCGACAGAUGCCCCCCAGCAAACCCAGUUAACCUUAUUUUGGGAAUCUGGUGCUGCUACAUGGUGAUUUGGGGUUCUUCCUGUCACACCAACAAAAGACCUUUGUCGUAACUUUUCGCACAUUUUGGCAAAUCCAAAAAAGUGAGAGAUGCACAAAUGUUGAUGAAGGUUUUGCUGUCGUAUGGCUUUUAUUCUCUGGGCAAAUGGUUGCUUCAACUUCAAGAGUACAGCAAAUCUACGCAGAACAGAAAGUUCGACAUCAUCAAACCAAACAUCUUAUUUAUUCAAGGCCAGAGUUGACCUGAACCCUAAGUUUCCAACUUGGACAGAACCCUGCUGGAGCAUCUUAGGGACCAGCCUGAGAAUGUGGACGACAGCAGCACCCGAUCUGAUCGGACUGUAGUGUCUUUUUUUUUUUUUUUUGACUUUGAUGGCUGAAUGUAGACUGUAGGACAACACACCACAUAAACGGCUUAAAACACCACUACAUACGUUUUUCAUUCCUUCAUUAAUCCAAUGAAACUAGUUUUUCUAUGGUUGAUUUCUACGAUGUUUAUAUUUUAACUUCGUUUAACCCACUGUGUGAUCAAAGCUUCAUUUGACUGUUUACCCUCUCUCUCUGAUCAUAAAUGCAUCUCAUACCGCUCUCUUCGACACUUGUUGCUCACUUCUUACAUCAUGAGUUGAAUGUAAAGCUGAGAAGGGAACUGUAUGAACUGAACAUGAUUGUAUAAUUAACAUCAUCUAGAUGUGAGCUGUACAAAUGGGCCAAAGUUACAUUUUUGAAAUGUUUGCAAAAUUGAGAGCAGGAAAUAGUGAAUUUGAUUAUUUUGCCAGAUGUGGUUAACACAAUAUCAGUGCUGUCAAUCCAAAAUUUUUACCCAACAUUUCAUAUAGCCAUUUCAUAUGGAAACAUUUCACAUUAGCCAUUUAAAAAAAAAUAAAACAAAAAACACGUUCAUCUGCUUUUAAAGCUAUAGUUCACCCAAAACUUAAUAAUUUCUCUAUCAUUUACUUACCUCAUGCUUCCCAGACAUUUUUUUUUCUUCUGCAGAACAUAAAUUAAGAUCUUGAAAGAAGAAUAUCUCCACUCUGUAGGUUCAUACAAUGCAAAUGAAUGGUGGCCAGAACUUUGAAGCUCCAAAAAGCACAUAAAGGCAGCAUGAAAGUAACACAUACAACUUCAGUGGUUAAAUCCAUGUCUUCAGCGUGAUAAGCGAUAUAAUGAGUGUGGGUAAGAAACAGGUCCAGUAUUUAAGUCCUUUUUAAAUAUAAAUCUACACUUUCAUCAGCCCUCCUACAACUGCCCAGUAGGUGGAGAUAAAGUUGGCAAAAAUCAUGCAAAUCUGUAUUAAAAAAAAAAAAAAAAAACUGGAAGAAAAACCCUCUUGAACAUAGGAGGGUUGUUUAAAAAUACAUAUUGUAGUAUUGUUCUGUUUCUCACCCACACAUAUUAUAUAGCUUCUGAAGACAUGGAUUUUAAUCUCUGGAAUCUCAUGGAUUUCUUUAAUGCUGCCUAUGUGCAUUUUUGAGCUUCAAAGUUCUGGCCACCAUUCAAUUGCAUUUUAUGGACCAAAAGAGCUGAAUUCUUCAAAACAAUAUUAGUUUGUGUUUUUCAGAAGAAAGUAAGUCACACAUCUGGGAUGGUAUGAAGGUGAGUAAAUGAUGAGGGAAUGUUCUUUUUUUAGGGGCAACUAUACGUUUAAAAGGCAAGUCUCCCAGAAAGUGAAACCUGCAGGCACAUAACUGAAAUGUUCGUGAGACAGAGGCAUGUUCAAAAUCCACAUGCUUAAAUUCACUAGAGAAGUAUUUCAUAGAAUUUUAGUUUUUGUGAUUUGAAGUGGGGGAGGUGGGGUUUAUUGUUUUUGCGUGUGUGUAUUCUCACCCUUGCAAGUGAUGUGUAUCUGUGGAUGUGCUGUGAAUGCACAUCUUUUACAUGUUAUAUAUAUAUAUAUAUAUAUAUAUAUAUUAGAUGGUAGGUCAAAUAUACCUGGUAAAUUCUCACAUACGCACAUAUAUGUGUGUGCGAAUUACAGCAUAUAUUUGACCUGCCAUCUUCCAGUCGGUUUGCUAUUUAUACUGGUCCAGGCACUUUUUUUUUUUUUUUUUUUUAUUAAAGCGCUGCCUCUAGAUUUGCAUGUUUUAUAUUGAUGUACUGUUUGACCAUAAAAUGAAAAGCACAUGUAGCCGUGUUGUUUGGAGACCCUGUAUAACAUUUGCUUAUUUUUGUAAACAAAAGUAGUCAGAAGUAUAUAGCUGUGAUAGUAAAGGAAGUAAAGUUUUAAUAUAAACAGUCUGGAAGUCCUCUCUGUUUGCUUUAAUUACAGGAAUAAUAUAUUUGCCUGUUAUAUAAAUGACUAUGUACUGAUGACAUGGUUAUAGCACAAAAAUUGUGAUGGUCACUGGAAGAGUCACACAGGUUAAAGGAAUUUUCUGGGUUAAAUAAAACUUAAGGACUCACGACAGUAUCUGUAACAUGCUGUUGAUAACCCCAGAAAAAUCAUAUUGGAUAUUACACUGAAGGGGAAAAAAGGUGUAGUGUGUGUGUGUGUGUAUAUAUAUAUAUAUAUAUAUAUAUAAAUAAUAGUACUGUAUAUGUAAUGGUGUAGUCUAUGGGCAAUUAAGUUGAAUAUUUUUUGAUGGAUUAGUGUUAUAAUGGCAUUGACAGUUUUAGAUCAGCUAGAAAUUUCUAUUUGCAAGUGCAGUCUCGUUUUUAAAAAUCCUUAUUCAUUUCAUUCAAUUCUCUGGUAUAAAUAAUUGAAAGCCCUGUGGAUUUAACCUGAAAUAUUAAAGGGACAGUU